AUGCUAAGUGAUAGAGUGUGUGGAGAAUUUGAAAGUAUAUGGAGGUUUUUUUCCGAUGAUUUAACUGAAUCUAGAGAAUAUGAUUUUAAGUCGUCAAUGCUUAAGAAUUACUGCCCUAAACCUGGAAACUGCAAUAACGAUAUCGAUAAGAUUAAUGCUGGGUGUUUAUGGUUAUUUAAUAAAUUUUAUGGGAAUAAUAGUAAUUUUUCGAUUUAUGCUAAUGGAAAUAUGAAUAUUGUUGUAUACUUUAUGACUUGGUUAAGCUAUAAGUUAAAUCAAAAACCACAAAGUGGAGUCAACAAGUUUAACGACUUUUAUAGUAAACAUAUGAAAAAUGUCAAGGAGUAUACGAAUAAUAUAAAUGAUGUUACGGGGUAUACAAGUUAUAUUGAUCUUAUAAAUAAAAAAGAAAAUUUGAUGGAUAUUGAUAUUGAGCUUAUGUCUAAAUUUUAUGAUUUAUUUAAAAAUUUGUGUAAAAUGUAUAAUGAUUUUUCAAAGAAGAGCAAUAAUAGCAAAAAGUAUAUAGAAUAUGCUAAAGAAUUUGCUGAUGAAUAUAAAAAACUUUUUAAUGAUAAUGAUAAUAAUAUUAAAGGAAGUUCAUAUGAUCAAAUAUUGACUACAUUAUCAAAUGAUUAUAAUUAUUUUAGAAAUAGUUAUGUUAGUUCUAAUAUAGGAAAUACACUUCCAGAACUUAUAACGGAAAAAACAACACAGGUUUCCGUAUCAAAUCCUAUAGAAGGACAAGAUGUCUCCUUGAGUGAAAUACCAGAAUUAAAAUCCGAAACUGAUGUAUCUAGUUCGAAAGAUAAAGUAUCAGAUUCUGAUUCAGGAUCACCAAGUUCAUCGAUAUUAAAUAAAUUAAUUUCAAUUCCAUUUAUAUUUGUUGCAACAUUAAUUUUAUUAGGAAUUGCAUAUAAGUAUUCGUUAUUUGGAUUUCGGAAACGAUCUCAAAAACAUUUAAGAGAAAAAAUAAAAAAAUAA